AUGCCCUUGUCAACUCAAUCUCAGACCAAUGAGGAAUUCUACGUGUUGGUAGCUACAUUGGAUAACGCUCGCAAUCUGUCAAACAUUCUGAAGGCCAUUGCAUUUAAAGAUCACGCCAUCUUCAGUGCGACUCCAAACGGACUGAAAGUGACGGUGGAGGACUCCAAAUGUCUGCAGGCCAAUGCGUUCAUCCAAGCUGAGAUCUUCCAAGAAUUUACAAUCAAAGAGGAUUUAGUGGGUUUUCAGGUGAAUCUUACUGUUCUGCUGGAUUGCCUUAACAUCUUUGGAGGAAGCACUGUGCCAGGGGUGUUGACAGCUCUGCGGAUGUGUUAUGUGGGGUACGGAUACCCUCUCACUCUGUUCCUCGAGGAAGGAGGAGUGGUCACUGUCUGCAAGAUCAACACCCAGGAGCCUGAAGAACCCAUCGACUUUGACUUCUGCAGCAGUAACGUCACAAACAAAGUGAUCCUGCAGUCGGAGAGUUUGAAAGAAGCAUUUUCCGAACUAGACAUGACCAGCGAAGUGUUGCAAAUAACCAUGUCCCCAACGCAGCCAUAUUUCCGAUUGUCCACGUUUGGGAACUCUGGAAGCGCUCAUUACGAUUACCCCAAAGACUCGGACAUGAUGGAGUUGUUCCAGUGUACAAAGACACAGACAAACAGGUACAAGAUGUCGUUGUUGAAGCCUUCCACCAAAGCUCUGGCUCUGUCGUGUAAAGUCUCUGUACGGACUGACACUAGGGGCUUCCUGUCGCUGCAGUAUCUGGUCAGGAACGAUGACGGACAAAUCUGCUUUGUGGAAUACUACUGUUGUCCGGACGAGGAGGCUGAGGAGGAGUGA